AGUUCAAUUAUUAACUUUGACACGUCUUGGCGCGGUUAAUACCGCUCGAUAGGCUGGAAGGACAGUUUUAACACAUAUAUGUCCGUAAACACACCCUCACGCGGAGCUGGAGUUAAAAAUUAAAAACACGACGAAGAGUCCAAGCAGCUCAAAGGAUGAAUCGUGUUCAAGUGGAUUUUAAAGGGUUGCCACCCCAUAUCCUGGAGAACUGUGUCAGACCAGAAACAUUGCAAAAUCUCAGGUCUUCAGACAAUGUCCUCACUCCUCUGGCAUUCCCCAAAUCUAAAGUUUCUCUCUGGGAUCCAACUCCCAACGGUGAUGUUGUGAGUCUUCAUUUGUCAUAUUACAGGAAUCCGAGACUAUAUCUUGUGGAAAAGGCAUUACGUUUAGCUCAUCGGCAUGCUAGACAAAGCAACAAGCCUCCGUUUUGCUGUUUCCUGAUGGGGACGUUGGCGGUCGACAGUGAUGAGGAGGGUGUGACGAUCACCCUGGAUCGUUUUGAUCCAGGCAGAGAGCAGACGGGAUGCCCUGGGAAAGCACCAACUGCUUUGCUCCCCGGAGACAUCCUUGUGCCAUGUGUAUUUGAAGGCCAGCAUGUUCCUGGGAGUACAGUACACUCAGGGGAUGACUUGAACAUCUCAUUUAAGAUGCUUCAGCAUUGCUGUUGUAGCAAAGAGACACUGGAGUUGUCCAAACUCCUCACCCUGCGUGCUCACCUCAGCUGCUCUGAGAACAUGGACAGACUGACCUUUGACCUGUCCUGGGCAGCAGUCACUUUGGCCUGCACGCUGGAUGCUGUUCCUGUCCGGACAGUGCCUGUUAUCCCUACCGCACUUGCCAGGAACCUCAGCAACCCAGCAGGUGUGGCACAAAACAGCAGGAAACGUGGGUUUCUUACAAUGGAUCAGACCCGGAAACUUCUCCUCGUACUUGAAUCUGAUCCGAAGGCUUACACUCUCCCACUAGUAGGAAUAUGGCUGAGUGGUGUCACACACAUCCAUAAUCCCCUGGUGUGGGCGUGGUGUCUGAGGUACCUGUACAGCUCUGCCCUCCAAGAUAAAGUGACGUCAGAGGGAGGCACUUUCCUUGUGGUUCUGUAUUCUUUGACACACCGGGAUCCUGAGUUCUACCAGUGUAAACCAUGUGUAGGACAACAGCAAAUGAGCUUUCAACUGCUCACCAGCAAAGAGUCAUUCACACUUUACAAGAACGUAGAGCCUUCUGAGGGGUGUCCUCUUCAGUUUGAGCUCAGUGCCGAGAACCAAAAUCAGGAGACUGUGCUGUUUCAGGAAGUGCUGUCCCAGUUAGUGUUAACAGGGAGGACUCUGGCAGUAUCUGCAGCGGCUUCUCAGAAUAAAUUAUCCAUCAGUGAUCAUGACUCUGGUGUAGAAGAUGAAGACCUUUCUCCUCGGCCAUCUCCAAACCCUCAUCCUGUUAGUCAACAGACAAGACGGGUUCAUCCUUCAGUACCAGAACUCUCUAUGGUUCUAGAUGGCAGCUUUUUGGAUGGGAAUAUGGUAAAUACACAAGACUCUGCUCCUCCUAAUCACAGCCAAUCAAAUGUUCAGUGGAGGAACAUUAGCCCCACCCACCAGGGCCACUCAGGGUUGAGGCUUUUAGACCAAGGUAGCAUCCCUGGACCUCCUCCAAUCCGAAGACCACUAACUCCUGCUCUUUCCCAUCCGAAAAACAAACUACAGGCUAAUCCUGGACAGCAAACAACAAAAAUGAACGUGAGUCGGAAAUCAUUACCUUUGAUGAAUAGAAGAUCAAAAGAUGGCUCCUCAGCAUCAUCGGUGUCAUCCUCCUCAUCUUCUUCCUCGCCAAAGAAUGCUGCUUCACCCAAUGGCUCAUUUCAUCAACAAAGGCCACGUUCUUUGCAAAGUCUGCCAUCCAAAGCUCAGCCAGCCAUGUAUAUUGGACCACCAUCAUCGGGUCACAGCAGUUCCAGAAAGAGUUCGGUCAUACCUGGGCAGACCCCCAUCCUUCAUCCUUCUCAACACAGGCUCUUCCACAGCACCCCAGCUGCCAACCCUUGCAGUUGCUGCACCAGCCAAACUGGCCAUGGUCCUAUGUAUCAAAAUAACACAUGGCAAGGAACACCUGUGUAUCCUGCUCCAGUGCACAUGGCCAUCAACAAUUCUUGUGGUCAUCAUUGCACAUCUGAGAGUGUCCCACCUGGGGAUCACUGCCAAUCCCCAUCUCAACAGUCUCCGGGAUAUCAUCUUUCCCCAACCAAAAGUCCUGUUUGUCAUGCAGCUGUUCCAGUCCAUUACUCUCCAUCACAUGGUCCAUGUGUCCCUGCAGUCAAUUCCAAUAAAGGUUCUGUUGACCAAGUAGCACCUUCCUGUCAGGCCCAGUGCUGCCAGGUACAAUAUAGCCAUCCAGCAAGCUUGGACACCCCUGUGGCCUAUCCAGCCAGUGGGACUAUGGGACUCCUUCCUGCUGACGCCUACAGGAUGUUAAUGGAUCAAGAGCGUCAGUUAAAGCUGCUUCAACUCCAGAUCCAGAAACUACUUGAGUUUCAGAGCAAGUCUCCUCCAGUACCAUCUGAUGAGCCUGACAGACCACAAGAGAGAACCAAUCAGAUGCCAACAUCUCCUGCACGACCAAAAAGAACAAGUGUUAGCGUUGCUGUAGGAACAGGAGCCAGUUUGUUUUGGAAUGGGCCUCAGGAGGCCUCUGCACACGAGGACUCAAAUCUGGAAUGGCGAAGUGAAAUGGAUCCAAAGACUGGAGGUCAAAAUGGCAGUACAGUCACUUCCAGGCUUGGAUCUGAUAAUACAUCUCAGUUCUCUGAAGAGCAGAGGCCGGAAUCUCCUCUACAGACAACAUCUCCACAGCACGAAACAUCAUCUGGUUUUGGAGCCCAUUCAUUUCAGAGUCCAGAGUUGGGUGAAAGUGCUAGCAUGUACUGUAAUUCACUGAGAAAAAAUCUCUCGGAAAGUAAAGCAAUGGAUGAUCCAAGAUUUUACCAAGAGCUACUGGGACAGGUAAGAAGUCGUCUGAAAGAUUCUGCUAGUGAAGAGGACAAGGUGGAGCAAGACCAACAGAGUGUCCAAAACAGACAAAGUCUGUCCCCUGUAUGCCUUCAGUCACGUAAAUCGCUGCCAACUUCCUUCAUGCCCGAGUCUCGGAGCACAAAGCAAAGGGACACUCCACCAGAUCAAGACCGAGUCUUAAGUGCCACUUUGAGACAACUCCAGCAGUUUGGGGUGAACAUGGAGCUAGACUCUGCCCAGGGAAAGACAACACGUUCAACUGUGGAAAGUGCUAGCACCCUCGCUUGCAUUAACCCUGAGGCAGUGAUCCAAAGACUGGCUCUUUCCGAAUCUGUUGGGACCAGUAUUUGGGGACCUAGCGGCAGUGUAGACCUCAGCCUUGAAGCCAAUGCCAUCGCACUUAAGUACCUAAGCGACUCUCAACUAUCAAGACUCUCUUUGGGUGGUCAAUCCUACAGCCCAUGCCCGGACCCCAGUGCAAUUCUCCUGAGAAGAUCCUCUUCAGAAAAGAGCAGUGUUGGACUCAGUAUAUUGUCCCCUAGUAAUAUGUCUCUAGCUACUUGUAAGUACAUGAAGAAAUAUGGACUCAUUGAAGGAGAAAACAGCAGUGAGGAAGAGCGAGAGGAUGCAGUUCUUAUAGACUCUGCUAUUGGGUGUUCUGUACAGCAUGAAACAUCAAAGAAUGUGAGCGUUAGGCUAGAACGUGAAGAUCAAAGUGCUGAGGUACUAAAGAACAUUACAAACAAGCAGCUUCAACCAGUCGCCAAUCUCCAUCCAUCUCCACUGGACUCUCAAGAGCUGUUAAUCCGAGAUUUGCGGCCCAAAAUGCAGCUUCUUGUGCUGGGAAGUACAAAUCCGGAGAAGGAAAAUGUCACAAAGAACAUUCUGCCUCAGCCCAGGACUUCAUCUAAAAACAAGAGGACACGGGAAGUCUCAGAUCCUCAGGGAUCGGUGGGAAAUUUCCUGGAUUUGAGUCGGUUACGGCAGCUGCCCAAACUUUUCUGAAAUGCAUCGUGGGGAUUUUAAGAAAGGCCACAGUGCCGAAAUGUGUAAAAGGGAUUCAAGGAAUCUUGUCUUUCGAUUUUUGAUAAUAAUCCCUUGUUUUGGUCUUCCACUGAUUGUUUACACCUUAACAUGAUUUUAUUUUUAAAAGUGUACAAGCUCGUUCCACGGAAAGCUUUUAAGUAUGUUUUAUUGUCUGUAACCUUCGUCUUGUUUUGUCUAGCUCAAAGGGGCUUUAACUUUUUUCUUUCUGGUGGAAACUUUAAAGGUUUUUACAUGUUCUUAUGUGUCAUUUACAUUUUUUUUUUUUUUCUUAUACCAAUUUUAAACUCUUGACAAUUUUCUUGUGUUUUUGGAAUUCUCUCAAAUUGUUCCUCAAAAUGGGUGCAAAUAAUUUCAAUGGAGAUG